AUGUUGCUGUUUUCUUUUAAGCUUAACACUUAUUUCGCACUUUGUUUCAUCACAUGGAGCAUGACGAAAGUCUCUCAACUGAAGUCUAUUUCCCAGUUGCCCCUAACUCGAAAAGAAUUAAUAGAUUACCAUGAAAUAGACAUAAGUUCAUGUUCAUGUAUCACUGUUUCUAUCUAUCUAUCUAUCUAUCUAUCUAUCUAUCUAUCUAUCUAUCUCAUCCUGUUUAUAUCUAGCUAUUUAGCUACCCGUCCCCUUUCGUUCCUUUCUAUCUAUCUAUCUAUCUAUCUAUCUAUCUAUCUAUCUAUCAUAGUGUGUUCAUAUCUCUCUAUCGCAUUUUGUUCUUAUCUAUCUAUCUAUCUAUCUAUCUAUCUAUCUAUCUAUCUCGGCAUAUUUAUUUCUCUAUCACAGUUUGUUAAGUAUCAAAGUUUGUUGAUAUCUAUCUAUCUAUCUAUCUAUCUAUCUAUAAUAGUUUGUUCAUAUCUGUUUAUCGUAUUUUGCUCUUAUCUAUCUAUCUAUCUAUCUAUCUAUCUAUCUAUCUAUCUAUCUAUCUCUCUCUCUAUAUAUAUAUAUGUAUCUAUCUAUCACACAAUCAUAUAUUGUUCAUAUCUAUCUAUCUAUCUAUCUAUCUAUCUAUCUAUCUAUCUACUUAUACAGUAUACGGGCAGUGCGCAUGGAUCGGAUCGUACACUUGUUCGCGCAAGCCUCCGACUGCGACUGCGGGCAAGGAGAUCCACCAAGAUCCUGAAGCUAAUCAACGUCGCCAAUCUGAAGCUGCCCGCGGGAGAACAGUUCAGGUUGGAACUUCGCAAUCGGUUCUCUCUCUUCCAACCAAGCUCAGAGCCUCAACCAGAAAUUGAAUGGCAGGCUCUCAAAUCUGCCACUGUCGAAGCGGCACACGCCCAUCUUGGUAACACCCGUCACCGAUAUAGGGACUGGAUUACCGGGGAGAGCCUUCAGCUGGUGGAGAAGGCGGGGGUAGCGCGACUGACAAGUGUUGCGAAAUUUCGCGAUCUACGGCGCCGCGUAACUCACUCCAUCCGCGCUGAUCGAAAUGCGUAUUGGCGCGCCUUCACCGAAGAGACUGAACGUGCAGCAGCCUGUGGCCUCUCUCGCAAAGAUAGUGAGGCGGGCGAGUCACGGAACUCCGGGGUGAGUGAGACGCUUCGCUGCCGUGGUGGUACUAUUAUCGCAGAUGUGUUAGCCUUGUGGGUGCAUCGUGUCUUCAAUGCGGUAUGGCUCUCUGAGUUCUCCCCUGCCGAUUUGAGCGAGGCCAUUCUGCUACCUUUUUUCAAAAAGGGUGAUAGGAGACUCUGCUCGAACUACAGAGGAAUCAGCCUCAUCGACGUGGUGGCCAAAGUAUUUGCAGUGCGUCUCCUGCGAAGAUUUCAAGGCAUCCAUGAUCUGCGAACUCGCCCGUCUCAGGGUGGCUUCCGCCCGGGCAGAGGCUGUGUUGAUCAGAUCUUCAGCCUGCGGCGCACCCUCGAACAACGCUGUGCAUACCAGCAACCAAAAGUCCUCUGCUUCGUCGACUUUGCGGCUGCUUUCGACCCCGUUGAUAGAGACUCACUCUGGCGUAUCAUGGAGACCAAUGGUAUGCCCGCUAAACUCCUUCGUCUCAUCAAGGGCUACUACCGGUCGACGCGAGCCCGUGUUCGUGCUUAUGGUGAGGAGUCAGGGACGUUAGAGGUGAAGACUGGUGUGCGGCAAGGGUGUGCCCUAUCCCCUACCCAAUUCAACUAUACAAUCGACUACAUCCUCGGCAAGGCCAUACGGGACUACUAUGGAGUUAAGCUUAAGUCUCGCCUCUCUUUUCCUUUCUUUCCUUUCUCUUUUUCCUUUCUUUUUUUCCUUUUUUCUUUUCGUGCCCCUAAAUGGUGUCACAGCUAA